CAAUAACAAAAAGGCCCAGCGUCAGCCGUCUCGUACGUCACCCGGUUCAUGGUUGCGAGAGAGGCGGCGCGGCCACGAGUCCGGGACCGGCUCCUCAGAAACCGGCCGCCUAUCUCUCCCCCUUCCCUCCGUGUUCGUCGGCCCCGGCCCCAUAUUUUCUCUAGCCUUGCUCGUGUGGCUGGAAGAGUGGAGAUCGGGGAAGCGUUUGUGUUGGCACUCUGGACGGCCGAGCCCGACAUGGACCGCGACGAGGAGGUGGGCCACGGCGACCGCUCGCUCCUAUUCAUCGGCGAUGAGGACGAUCUCGGCGUCGACCGGGACGGCGGAUCCCCGCCGACCUCCUCCGACGAUGGAUCAUUCUCCGACCGGAGCGACGCCGAGACACGCGCCGGCCAUGUCCGGCGUCGCGACGGCGGCGAGCGUGAGGACACGCCCGAGGACGGCCAGAAUGGCGCGUGGCCGCAGAGUUACAGGCAGUCGAUCGACAUGCUGAGCGCGGUGCCGUCGCCGACGAUGAACUCGAUCAUGGCAGCGAGCCCGAGCCUGACCAGAUUCGGCAGCUCCUUCCUCAAGGCCGGGAGCUCCUUCUUCCUGAGGAAAGGCGAGGGCUCGGGGCUGCCGCUCACCAGGCCGCUGCUGCCGCCCUCGCUCCCGCAGCUGUCGCAGUCGUCGUUGCACCCGCAGCCGCGGCCCGUGAAGCAGUCCACGGACAGCCUCGCCCAGGCGCCGCGGUGGCCGGCUGCGCACGAGGCGGAGCUGCCCGAGAGACCCUCCAGGCAAUGCCUGAAAUCCGAUUAUAUCGAGCUUCCUCCGCCUGCUAGCAAGUGCAGCAGGAACCAAUCAAUCAUCAAUGGGUUCAAUGUGCUGUGCGGCGUUGGAAUUCUCACCACGGCUUAUGGAAUCAAGGAAGGGGGAUGGCUAAGCCUCCUGCUGCUCCCCUUGCUGGGUGGCAGCUCGUGCUACACGGGCUUGCUUCUCAAGAGGUGCAUAGACAGUUCGCCCAACAUUGAGACAUACCCAGACAUUGGACAAGUCGCUUUCGGAAUCUUUGGUCGGAUCUUUGUAUCGGUUGUCCUGUACAUGGAGCUUUAUGCAAGCUGCGUGGAGUACAUUACGCUGCUAGGAGACAGCUUGUCGUCAGUGUUUCCCUCAGCGCAUUUAGCUUUCACUGGCAUCGACCUGAACGCGCACAAUCUCUUUGCAACCACAAUGGCCUUGGCAAUCCUCCCAUCAGUCUGGCUCAGGAACCUCAGUCUCCUCUCAUAUCUUUCUGCUGGAGGCGUGAUCGCGACGAUCACGGUCAUCGUCUGCCUAUGCUGGGUUGGCAUCGGAGAAGGAAUUGGGUUUCGCUUUUCCGGUGCUGUAGUGAACGUGACCCACCUUCCAGUGGCACUCGGCCUGUAUGGGUACUGCUACUCAGGACACUCGGUGUUCCCAAACAUCUACUCGUCCAUGAAGGAGCGCUCGCAGUUUCCAUUCGUGCUCAUGUUCUGCUUCACGGUGGUAACGCUUGUGUACGCCGGAGUUGCGGUCUCAGGGUUCCUGAUGUUCGGCGAGUCCACUAUGUCACAGUUCACCCUAAACUUGCCACAGCAGUACAUCCCAUCCAAGAUUGCCAUUUGGAUGACGGUUGUGAAUCCUUACACAAAGUAUGCACUGACGAUGACGCCGGUCGCCUUGUCGAUAGAGGAAGCCCUACCAAAGAAGAUGCAGAGUUACCUGGUCGGAAUGCUCGUUAGGACAUGCCUCGUCCUCUCAACCGUUGCGGUGGCUCUGCUUUUCCCUUACUUUGCCCUGGUGAUGGCACUGCUUGGAUCCGUGUUCACAAUGCUCGUGGCCUUGAUACUCCCAUGCGCAUGCUACCUCUCCAUCAAGAAGGGCGCAGUGCCCUUGUGGGAGAUCAUCCUGUGCAUAAUCAUCAUAGCGAUUGGCGUUGUGUGCGCGUGCAUCGGCUCAUUUACCUCGAUCAACCAGAUGAUUAGCAGCAGAUAGUGUCUGCGUAGCUGUUGCAGAUUCUUUCUUUCCAAUGUUGACAGAGCUGAAACUAGCAGUCUGUCGUUUUUUUUUUGUUUUUUUGUUUUUGCAGCUACGUUUAUUUGUUCCUUCUUUUUGACAGAAAAAAGAAACUCGGUAAGAAAGUUUUUCUGUAACAGGGUGAAGUUAUAUUUCAGGCAAUCAUGAUAGUAAUUCUUUUGCGUACAAUUAUGAACCACAGGAUGAAGUUAUACUAAUUUUUCCGACA